UCUGCGAUCCCCACACUAGCUUCGUCUGCGUUGCCGUGGAUGAUGUUGCUGGGAGGGGCGGAUUGAGUGACUGUUUCCUCUCCUCGUCGUGUGAGACCACCAUGGACGAAUAUUCCAACUUUUUCCCCGCUGAUGAGGAGGAGGCCUCGUUCUCUCUGAUGAAAACCAGUCGUCGCUUGUGAAGUGAACAAUCCGCUCGAUUUAUCGAUCAUUUCGAUCGUGAGAGCUUCUUCAAUGCGACGAGAUUCCAAGGUUCACCUAAUUGGCUGGAUCUUGGGUCAAGUGUGUUGAGAGGUGCUCGGGCUCAUCAUUUGCGCAUUUGGUGACAAGACCUGAGCCAUUGCAUUAAGCUCGGAAGAGUUUGGAGUAGAUUCUUUGGCGGUUUCCCUCCUUAUACUCCGCACUCCUCGUCAAAACGCUUCGCUUCGCUCCGAUUUCUCCACGUUCACCGAGCUUCUCACGCGAAUCGAUUCUCAGACCUUCUCGAUGUUUGGAAUCGGCAAUGCAAUACCCUUGCUGCACGAGACUUUGGAUUAGCACCUGGGCCGCGUAAUGUCGUCGUCUGUCGAGCACGCAGCCCAAAUCCACAGAUUCGUGGAUGAAUGGUGACGAAAUUUCCAACAUUCUCUUGCUUGUGCCGGAAGCCGGUGGGUGGGAGGGAGGCUGGGGGUAUCGUACAGAGUCCAUAGCCUAGUGCUCAGCUAAGGCUCGAGCCCAUGGUCCUCGAUUCGAUAGAUACCCCGGGACCUGCAGAAAUGUUUGGACGACGAAGUUUGGCCUUUGCUUCCAAGGGCCUGAAAGUCCACCUCGAGCUGUCGUCGUGCUUUUUGCGGUCAUCGCCGGAAGCCAAUGAAAUCACAUCGAGGCGAGCACAGAGGAAGAGACUCUCGUCCUGCAGGCUUCGAACGAGAAAGACUAGGGCCCGUGGCCAAUCGAUGGUGGCGCUCUCGUUGUCCAUGGAUUGAGGUGUAUUGCAGUCCGGAUGUCAAGCGAAGAUCGAAUUAAGAAUGCUCGGGGCAGACUCCACGAGGACCACCGUGAGCGGGAGGAGGAUGAAGAUCUAGGGGCGACCCUCCCCUCCCCUUGCAAGGCCCGAGGCCGUGAACGCAGGUAUCGUCGUGCCCGUGCACUCCCUCCUCCUCCUUCCAAUCAGCGAGGGAUCGUGCGCUUUCACAAGCACGGCCAAGCGAGUCCUGCGUUCCAGACCUUGCCAAAUGUCUGCCUCUGCAGCACGGGGGGCGGAUCUCCGCCUCUGAUUUCCCUGAGCUCCGAGCUGAUCGAGGCACAGGGAUUUCCCGUGCAAGGAACCAAUGUCGGCAUUGUCGAGUCGUGCAGGAAUGUCUCGUCUAUCCGAAGAAGCAGAGCAAGGGGAAGAAUUGCGAGAUGCACUUACGAGGCGGCCACGGGGAGAGGUGACAAAUCUUCAAUCAAUCUUCCGACACGAUCGGUCUGGAAAUCGAUCACGAUCGUGCAGACGGAAUGGCACUAUCGGGGCGGUAAUCUUGGGAUUACGUUAGCAGCAGAAGUUGCAGCGUCGGUGUUGGCCAUGAUUCGGUGCACCUACGGCACCGCUCAUACACGAGACCUACCUUGGGGACUGCGACACAAUUGGUAAUAGCAUCGACCUCUGGCCCACGAAUCUGCUUCCCAAGAGCACCCUGGUCCAUGUUCUGUGCGACGUGAACUCGGAGAUCGUCAGUCAGGUUGUGGCAAUGGGCUAUGGCAAUGGGUGUGUCCUGGCCUCGCUCCGCCAUGUCUGAGCGGCAAAGGUGUCCCACUGCCGCUGCGAAUCCAGUCACCAGUCAUCGAUGGCAACGGCCUCGAUCGUCCAUUCGUCUCCACGCCAAAUAUGUGCAGUGGCUCGUGGACGACAGUAGACAACGAAGCGAUUGUUCAAAAGGUUCGGUAAUGCACUGGAGAUUGUCCUAGUGCAUGGAAGCUGGGGAGGUGAUGGGGACCACCAACCAGGCGAAGCACAUAGAUCGACCGAACGACCGACCGCCAUUGCACGUAAUCCAAGAAACUCUCUUCUUCGCUUACUUAACUAUACUCUACUGAUGAUGUCUGGUUCAAAUCCAUCUUCAGUGGGUGUGGAUUAUCGAGUAGCUUUACAGGCAAAACAUCUUCAACUCAAUAACCAAAGUGGUUUCGAUCAAUCGCACUCCUUGUCCGGCAGAUGUAAAUGGUACAGCGCUGCCGUGUACAAACUAGGCUGGUCAUGACCCCACAACUUGAACUCUUCUCAGGUCAGGUGGCCUUGAAGGUUUUAAUCCCAAAUUCGAACGAUUGAAAUCUGAAAGUUUUAUAGCGAGCCUACUUUGUAGGAAGUACAUGCACUAGUUACAACUUGAGCCUUGCAUACAGAGCCGCAUGUUCUGGGUGUUUCAUCUCUUUCAUAAAGUCGUGAAAGAGAUUGUCACAUCGUGAGACAGCUCUAUUGCUCCCCACACAGGAUUAAUGUAGAAAAACUUUAUUUAUUAAAAUGAGUUCCAUAUCUCCGCACUUCAAGCCAAACGGUUGUCUUUCUUGCCUUUACUUUAAGUGUCC